AUGGCGAUUACGAUGUAUUCAAAGAAAGUUGACUAUUUAUAUGGUGAUUACGAUGCACUCUUAACCGAUAUUAGGACUGCAUUUGCUCACAUUGAAAACCUUAAUUUACCCGAAAAUGCAUCUGCUGCACCAUUUGAAUCUGUUACUAUGCCAUUACGAACUUCUGAGCUUGAUGCAGUGGAUCUGGAUGACAGCAUUAACUUUGAGAGAACUUCAGAUAAUCAUCUCAAGACACCCGCAGAUAUCACCCUUGAAGAUCAAGUUCCAGUUUCUCAAGAUCCUUAUCUUGAUUUUUUCAUUAACGAGGAUAUAGAUAUGGAUAGGGAUACUUCUCCACAAGAACUGAUUCCAGAUAGCAGUAAUAGUCAAGUGGAAGAAGAUGUUCCCGAAACUUGUAUACCUCAAGAAAUUCCUGAAAUUGAAGUUGUGCGUGAUGCUGAUCCUAAUUUGAGCCUUGCUGAAAAGUCUUCAGAACAUCUGUCAAUAUCUAGAGAACAAUCUGAAUCUGUCCAACAUAAUCCUGAUCCACCAACUGCUUUUGCACCAGUAGAGUCUUUUGGCAAUGGCCGUGUUUCAGAUAUUGCCUUCGGGAAUGAAUCUUUUCAAAUAGCAAUUUAUCCAACUCCACAGGAUGAGAAGGAAAAACCAAAGACACGAAAGAGGAAGCAAUUCUUUGAUAUGCAUAUUGUCUUGGAUAACGACAUAUGUAAAGGAAAUAUAAAAGAUACUAGCAUGCUGGUGUGCCAGAGGAGAAAACUCCCUUGUUCAUCUUUGGAUGUUUGGAGGCUUGGGAACAGGCUAAGAAAGGACCAAUUAUUCUACCAGUCUUCAAUUACUGGUUUGUCUAAAUGUCUUCUAAAUUUGUUCGAGAGAGAUUAUGUUUCUUCCAGAUCCCAAAUUAUAGGGCCAGGGGAUGUUCAAGAAAAUGCCGGUGCAAAUGCUCGUACAUCUGUGCCUGAUUUUGAUAUGGAAAUUGAUAACGAGCAGCCCAAUGUUGAUAAGGAAGUCCUGCCAGAUGUUGGUACGGAAGUUGAGCAUAUUCCACCGGUUGUAGAAGCUGAAACGGAGCAUCUCCGACCUGACGAUAAUCCUGAAAUUGAGUAUGGCCGAUUUGAAGAUGGCUCUGCUGAUAGAGAUUUCACGACUGAAUUUAUGGCUACUCCCACUCCUUUCAAAACUUCUAGAUUUGAACAUCAGACAGGAAGUUCGUUCGAGACUGAAGUGCCAAUCUAUCCGCACUGA